CCGACGCGACGGCCGCUUAGUUCGAGGUCAGUUCAGUCCGCGCACGAGUCGAGAUAGCUGGAAUCCUCGUCCUGACAUUAGGGUCACAUAGAGUCCGCGACACGAACCGGGUAGUAACCGGAUGACCUUUCGUUCGUGUCGGGUGGUGGCAGGAUGAGAAUCAACCGGUAACCGAGUUUUCCCCAACGAGCGUACACGAAAGACGCAAGUCGUCGUUUGCGUCGUUGCUUCAGUGCCGGCUUCGUAGCGGACCGUCUAGUGUCCAUUGUGCCUAGCGGUAAUAUUUCUUCGACCAGCGCCAUCGUCACAGCCAGCACCGACAUGGAGGAUACGGAAUAAUGUCAUUGGGAUGCCUUGAAGGAACACUGAGACAUGAAGAGAGCGCGACCGAAGGUCGCGUGGGUUUGUCCGAGUCGGAUACGGCGAUAGCAGAGCCUCUUUCAAAAUGAGUGUUCUAAACAUGGAUUCGGAGAACCGGGUGGUUCUCAACGUGGGUGGUAUCCGGCAUGAGACGUACAAGGCAACCCUGAAGAAGAUCCCCGCGACGAGGCUGUCGAAGCUGACCGAAGCGCUCGGUAACUACGACCCCAUCCUGAACGAAUACUUCUUCGACAGACAUCCGGGGGUCUUCGCGCAGGUGCUCAAUUAUUAUCGUACCGGAAAACUCCACUAUCCGACGGAUGUUUGCGGGCCACUGUUCGAAGAGGAGCUGGACUUUUGGGGCCUAGAUUCUAACCAGGUGGAACCGUGUUGCUGGAUGACCUACACUCAGCAUCGGGACACGCAGGAAACGCUGACAGUCCUCGACAGGUUGGACCUCGAUACCGAGAUGCCGACCGAAGAGGAGCUGGCAAGGAAGUUCGGCUUCGAGGAGGCGUACUACCAGGGCACACUCACCUGGUGGCAGAAGCUCAAGCCUCAGAUGUGGUCGUUGUUCGAUGAACCCUACUCCUCGUUAUCAGCUAAGGUGAUCAGUAUAGUCUCGGUCCUGUUCAUAUUCAUCUCAAUCAUGUCGUUCUGCCUGAAGACGCAUCCGGACAUGCGGGUGCCGGUGAUCGUAAACAGGUCGGUGAACAUGGGAAACGAGACCUCCUGGGCAGUGGAUAAAACGCACACGAACGCUCACGUCUGCUUUUUCUACAUCGAGUGUAUGUGCAACGCCUGGUUUACCCUCGAGUUCCUAAUACGAAUCACCGCGAGCCCAAACCGCUGCGAGUUCAUUAAGAGCUCGGUCAACCUGAUCGACAUGGUCGCGACCUUAAGUUUCUACCUCGAUUUGGCGCUUCAACGUUUCGCAUCUCAUCUUGAGAACGCCGAUAUCCUCGAGUUCUUGAGCAUCAUACGUAUUAUGAGACUGUUCAAGUUAACCCGUCAUUCGUCCGGCCUCAAGAUUUUGAUACAAACGUUCCGCGCCUCGGCGAAGGAGCUGGCCCUCCUCGUCUUCUUCCUUGUCCUUGGCAUCGUGAUCUUCGCCAGUCUGGUAUACUACGCCGAACGUACCCAGUACAACCCGAAGAACGAUUUCCAAAGCAUACCGCUCGGAUUGUGGUGGGCGUUGGUCACGAUGACCACCGUCGGUUACGGGGACAUGGUGCCGAAGACCUACGUUGGGAUGUUCGUCGGUGCCCUCUGCGCUCUAGCCGGUGUCCUCACGAUCGCCCUGCCCGUGCCCGUGAUCGUCAGCAACUUUGCGAUGUAUUACAGUCACACGCAGGCGCGAGCCAAGUUACCUAAGAAGAGACGCCGGGUACUUCCGGUCGAGCAGCCAAGAGUCAGAGCUCCAGGUGCGCCACUCGCAAUGACCGGAGUAGCGGGUACCGGGGGUCCACCGGGUUGCACUCAACAGCACUUGCAAGUCGGUGGACCGACAUCGGGCACCGGUGGGCUAGCUCCUGGCCAUGGACAAACGCCGGGAGUAGGCUGCACCGGUGGCCAGGGACCCCAAAACAGACGGAUGAAUGCUAUCAAGACCAAUCAUCCUAAAGAUGUUUCGUUCGCCACUAAAACAGUGGGUUCCAGAAGAGGACCGGAGGAACUCUAACCUGCGGACCAACGGGACCAAGACAGCCGGAGGUUUGGGUUAAAUCUGAAACCAAGAUUACUCUCCACUGCCGAGGCGCCAAUACUACUCGUAUAAGAUGAAAGGGUGAGAGAAAAUAGGGUACGGAGGAACGAGCUCAAGAAGGGUAUCAAGAUUGCAUGGUCUACAUAUAAGAGAAUAUUAGAUCGCUGCGGAUGAAAUGUCGGAUUUUUAUCGCGAGGAAUUGCGCCACUUUCCAUUUUUCACAGGCUUCAAUCAUUAGAACUGCGCUUUUCCCAUUUCCCUUUUCUUUUAUGAACGUGUUCAGUGCUACCCACGACAGAAGACGGAUUGUUGAAAUUUUAUUAUAUAAUAAUACGUUUUUAUGACGACAUACUGAUAAGAUUUUUAUAAAAUGAAUGGUGGAGUUUCUUUGAGAAAAAGGUAUGUAGAUGAGAAGAUUGGUAUGUAGGGGUUUCUGUGACAUCAUCAUUAACCUUAGCAAGACGUAAACAUUUUAACAAAAAAGGAACUUUUUUAAUGUACUGUAUAUUGUAAUAUAUUGUUACAGUUACCUACUUGAAAUUAUAGUAAAAGUCAUACAAACUCGUACUAAUUACCAAAGAUUAGUAAAAAUGUGUUACUAACUACACAGUAAUUUAAUACAAAUUUCAAGUACCAAGUACCAAUUUUCAGAGUUAAUUCAAUUUAAAUUUGCCAUUCUUUCUACAAUCAUUUAUAAUAAUAUGUAUAAACAAAUAAAUAGCUGAAUAUACCUUUGUUAAUUAGUAGGUACCAACAAAAACAAAUCGCCCCCCCCCAAAAAAAAAAAAUUUACCCACCUAAAAUCAGCUUCCAAGAGGCAAAAGCAUUGAAAGAUUUGAAAGGAAAGGUCAAAGCAGCCAGCAAUUUAACCAGUGAAAAGAGAUUGGCACGGUGAAUUCAGAGCUUCUAGAAACAGUAAUUAAUUGAAGCUUUUAAUUAAAUCACGCGCUCGCUUCAAGCUAAAAAUUUUCGAAAAGAAGAUUCCGACAUUUCGUACGCACCGUUCGUAGUAUCCUCAUUCAAGAGCUUCUCAGUUUUUUCUCUUUUUUUGUUUCACACCACUUAUUCCAGCAAUCUCUCUUCUCCUCCCCGGUGUUCCUCCCUUUCCUUUCCACGUCAUCAGCCCCUCGCCCCAUUUUGAUAAACACGAAUCAUUCAUGGAACACGGAAGAGCACGUCUGACUUUGUGCCAAUGGGGGAAACCGGGUUAACUGGCGACGAAUGAAAAAAAAAAAAGUGUUGGUACACAUAUAGAAAGGGUGGAGGGAAAGGGGAGGGUGAGAGUGUAGCGGCUUGUUUGAAGCAAUGAGGAAUAUUCAUCGGUUGUUAGCUUAGAAACACGCCGGUGUUGAAAGCCUCGUCCUCGCGAAGACCGAAUAAUUUAUGAACCGGAGAGCACAGCUUCGCUGCCAAAAAUUCCUGAAAGUAUCUGGCGAAUGCUGCAAGAGCCGCGUAAUAAGACUGGCGGAUCUCAAGGAGCUUAAAUAUUUGCGUUCGUAGGAAUUUUUGUCACGGCUCAACGUAGCAUCGGCAAGAUCCCUCCUUUUUAGCUUCGCGAGUUGCACCCGUGCAACCGAAUAAAAUAUCCUCUUAAUUUCGCGGAAUUGGCACUUCAAGGAAGUUAAGUUUCUUACUCCAUCCCGGUUUUACCAGAACUUCCUGGAACUGAUUAUGGAGUUUAAUUGCGAGUAGUAAUGGGAUACAAGUAUAAAAAAGUACUUUUGGGUAUAAUUAAACUUUGACCAAGUACAGUAGCCUAAGUAAAAUGGUAGGCUUUCCUAGAGAAAAUUGCAAUUUUGGGAAAGAAAAUUCCAUAACUAUAUGUAUGUAUAUGACUCGAGACAAGCAACACAAUUUUUCCCAAUAAAACAUUAACAAAUGAGUGAUGGGACUUUGUUUUCCUAUGUUACUACUUUCCUUAUGGGGAGCCUCCCAGGCUCGAGCCUCCGAAUCUCUUAUGAAUAAUAUACUAUAAUUUUGUCUCUUUGAGCAUGCUUUGCUUGCUCACUGACCAUGAGAUCUGCUUAUCUACAUAUCUGUAAUUUCUUCUUUUUUAAGGAUCCAGUAUUAUUUUUAUAUAAAGUACUUUUAAGUAUUACAUACUCGAACAUUUUAAGUACUUAUUUUGAGCUUAUAUUGAACUUGAUCCCAUCGCUAUUCGUAAUAAGAGAGACGAGAUCCUAAACGCACAGACACCCGGAAAAAAUUCUUUUACGACCUCGAACCUUUCGCUGCAUACGAACAAAACGAUACAAUAUAACUCGUAACGAGUUUCAAUUGCGUGUGUUAUCUUUUACACGAAUUACUACGAUUAUAAUGAAUCGUACCGGUUAUCGUGGCGUUGCAUAUAAAUUACAGACACACCAUGUAUGCGAAGAUGCAGAUGGUAUAAGCAGGUGAAGGUAGAAUCACCUUCAUCUCAAUUGCACCACUCGACUUGUCACAUCCUGUAAAUAUUCGCUUUAUUCGAUUAACCUGUUCGAUUAACUGGGUCAUUUUUCACCAAGAAAGAAGAGUUAUAUCCUUGUUCUUGCAAUAAAAAGUGAAUAAAAGAAAGUUCACUUGGCUUACACACGACAAAAGCAAAUACAGAUAUAUUCUUGCUGGCACAAGUGUAAGGAUUAUCAGAAUGACGAAUUAACUCGUCUUCCCCAGUUACUUAACAUGUUAACACGUUGACUGGUAUCGGAGUGAACAAUAAAAACAACUUUCAGUACGGUUAGAGUUGAAAAAUUCACCCUUAUUUAAUUAAAUAAUUUACAAUCAUCCCAAAGUGAACAUGACAACUCCAUAACAGUCAUCCUGUUAAUAACUGUUCCGGUAACAAAUAGAAUUACAAAUCGAACUAAAUCAUUGUUUUGAAGGUGUUUACUGAUGAUUAAUGGAAUUUUAGUCACUGUUAAUUAAUACCCUAAUUGAGAGGAGCGAAUGCAAAUCCAAUGAGUAACCACUAAUGAUCGAGUUUUAUAUCAAACAGUUUCAUCCCAUGAAUAGACGUACAAAGUACAGUAAACUCUCGUUAUAUUGCCGCAAACGGUACGAGGCCGUAGGAAUGGAGCAAAUUUGUCAAGCUUCCAAGCUCUCAUUUUGAGAGGUAUAAUAGUGAAAAAGCAACACUACUAUGCUUGAAAUUUCCUAUAUAAAUGUGCCAAUAUAACAAGAGUCUACUGUACAUAAUCAUUCAUCAAAUCCUCUCAAUUAGUCUAAAAAGCUACCAAUAAACACAAACAAUUUAUUUACAAUCCAUUUAUAAUAAUAAUAAUAAUAGUAAUAAUAAUAAUAAUAAUAAUAAUAAUAAUAAUAAUAAUAAUUGAAUAAGACUGUACGUAGUACGAUAUCCGAGCUCAUGAUCGCUUUGUUAAGGAGUAGAGAGGCUAAUUAGUAAUUAUUCAUUUAAUAAUAUUGUUAUCGCUAAAUGCAAAAUAGUACUGCUGCUAAGGGACAUUUCGGAACAAGCAAGGUGUACUAUACAAUUUUUCUUACAGUUUAUACAUAAUAAGCGGUUGAGAUUUAUUUGUAAAAAGGACUAGUAAGGUAAUCUUAUAAAUAUAUUACGAAACUUUUGUAUCUCGUUGAUAAUAAGUUUUGAGAUAAUGAGAAAAUCGAUGCAACGAAGGGUUGAGUAUUCCCUCUCACCGCUUCUCCCUGAAUUGUUAAGCUUUUUGGUGGAUAAACGUCACAGAAAGGAUCUCGUUUCCGGUAUAGAAAAGAUAAUGGAAGGCGGGUAGUAAGACGAGGGAUCUGAGGUGCCCACGAAUGCACACGCAAAACCUCAAAGUUUAUCACGCACAUACGUCCACGUACGUGUAAAUAGUCGGAUCGGUCGCGGUCCAUGUACGAACGAUACAGCCAGCUCUGUACCUCUUCAUUUCAUCUACAUUCUGCUGCUUUCUAUUUAAACGAUCCUCCUUUUUUAUUUCUUUCUUUCCUUCCUUUUUUUUCUACUUACGUUUUUUCUUUUUUUUUUCAUUUUUAGUAGGUAAAUAUGUAUGUCGAACAGAGGACCCCUUCGACGUUCUUACAAUAUUUCUGGAUAAUUAAAGCAUUGAAAAAGUUUACCUUUUUGGUGUAGGAAAUUAUACAACUUUGAAUUGAAAUAAUUAAUUAAAUGAGUAUGCAAAGAAUGAGCGAAAUCUAAAAUCUAAAAAUCUAAGAUUACGAGAUCUGAUAAACAGAAAGCAGCAUUCAUCGUUUAAUCUUUAAGAAACUCUGAAGUUGUGACUUAUCAUAACAAUACAGUACCACUAUUUUCGAGGUAAAGAAAACCACAUUUCUGGAACCAGUUAUAUCGUUUCUCGAGUAUCCUCCUUUAAAUGUUGUAUAGGUAAUCGAAUAACAAGUUCAAACAAAUAAAUUUUACGACUCCGUGAAAAAAGAAUAGAUAUGUAUGAAAUACAACAGAUAAUUGGAAAUAUCACGUUUCGAUUUUUCGAUUUAUAGUUUUCUUCAUAAAGGGGAAACAUAAUUGAUGCAUUAAAAUUAUUUUCAUUUAAAUAAUUGCAAUAAAUAAAAGGAAAGUUGUACAAUCGAUUCAAUGCCGUCCGUCAAGUUAAUGCAUAUUUACUCGUUUUCAUAAACAUUAACUGAAAUCAAGCAGCAUUUGUAGAUAAUGUGGGACAAAGAUCAUCCGCAGCUACUAAAUCUCGAUUAUUUUAUUUAAUAAUAUUUCCCUUGCAUGUAAUACUGACCAAGUGUUUUUGGUUGGUUUACCAAAGCUAUUACAACAAAUAAAGGAUUAUUAACUUCCAUUAUUUUGUCCAAUUCUUAUUGUAUACAAUAUAAUAAAUUGCGACAACAACCAAAUUCCAAAAAUUUUAAUUCAACAAAAAUUUGUAACAUCACAUCUGGGUGACAUAAGAAGUUACUAUAUCGACACUUUAUACAAAAAGAAAGAUAAAAACAAUUUGCCAAAAACGUAAUAAAAAAAAGUGAGCUGAUUAAGGGAAAAGGUAGUUUGUGGAAAAUGGUUAAUCUGAACCGAAGGAGAAUUAAACAUCGCUGGUUCGGCUAAUGAAUAGAAAUCAGUAAUCCAAUGUAUUGUACAUACAUAUGUAGAUAUCGUGAAACGAUAUCACUGGCAUCAGAAAUUCCCUCGAAUGAAGAACGAAAAGACAUUAUGUAAUAUCGUUCGAGGAACAAUAAAAAUGAAUUCCAGUUGAGGCUCUACAAUUUCAACGCACUUACAGAUAAGCAAAGAUUCGUAACAUUCAGUACCGUUUUAAAGCAUGGGCACACUUUGUAAUUACCCCUGCAAUCAUGGGGCCUUCAAAUAAAGAAAAAAUAA